ACCCUCUCGCACUUUCCUUCAUCAUCUUUCCUCUUCCUCUGCUUCUUCUUCGUCUUCCCAAGUUUUCUUCUUUAGCUUUCUCACCCAAACAUGUCUCUCAACUCAGCUUUCACUCUCUCCGUUUCCUUCUUCCUUCUUCUUCUUCCUUCUGCUUUCUCUCGCGCCUUACCAUCUGAAUCUAACGAUUUCGCUACCACUGAGCUUGAUGUCUCUUCCUCUCUCCAUCAAACCAACCAAGUUCUCUCCUUAGAUACAGAACUGUUUGAAGAAACAUAUAGCACCCCCACAUUCUCUUGUUCUUCUUCAUUCUCUGUCCAGUUACAUCCAAGAGAUUCUCUGUUGAAUUCGCAGCACCAGGACUACCGGAGCUUGGUCUUGGCUCGACUCGCUCGUGACUCAGCGCGAGUGAAAUCCAUCACUACCAAACUACAACUCGCCCUUAACCAAGUCGGGAGGUCCGAUCUGUACCCGACCGAGUCCGAGGUCCUGCCUGAAGAUCUAUCCACGCCGGUUUCCUCUGGUACCAAGCUAGGCAGCGGCGAGUACUUCUCCAGAGUCGGCGUGGGUCAGCCGCCGAAGCCUUUCUACAUGGUUCUCGACACCGGGAGCGACGUGAACUGGAUCCAAAGCAAGCCCUGUAUGGACUGUUACAACCAAACCGACCAGAUUUACGAUCCGACUGCUUCAUCUUCGUACAGUGCUCUCACCUGUAGUUCGCAACAAUGCCAACAACUCGAGACGUCCGCUUGCCGGAACGACAAGUGUCUCUAUCAGGUUUCCUACGGCGACGGGUCCUUCACUGUCGGAGAAUAUGCGACGGAAACGGUGUCGUUUGGUAAAACCGGGUCAGUGAAUCGCGUUGCUAUUGGUUGUGGUCACGACAAUGAGGGACUGUUCGUUGGAGCCGCCGGGUUGAUCGGACUUGGCGGUGGACCUCUGUCGCUCACAUCACAGAUCAAAGCAAAUUCGUUCUCCUACUGCCUGGUUGAUCGCGACACGGACAGAUCGUCGACUCUCGAGUUCAACUCGCCCAGUCCCUAUGACUCAGUAACCGCCCCGUUACGAAAAAACCGAAAGCUCGGUUCGUUUUAUUACGUUGAACUCAUCGGGGUGAACGUCGGAGGGAAAACAGUCCCUAUCCCUCCGUCGACAUUCGCUUUGGACCAGGAUGGAAGCGGCGGGAUCAUCGUCGAUUCCGGGACCGCCAUUACUCGGCUACAGUCUGAGGCUUACAACUCGGUCCGUGACGCGUUCGUGAGACUGACUCGGAACCUGAAACCCGCGAGCGGGUUCGCUCUGUUCGACACGUGCUACGACUUGUCGUCUCUGCAGUCAGUGAAAGUGCCAACGGUGUCGUUUCAGUUCAGUAGCGGGAAAUCGUUGGCGUUGCCGGCGAAUAACUACUUGAUUCCGGUGGACUCGAAAGGGACAUUCUGCUUCGCUUUUGCUCCGUCGUCGUCGUCAAUGUCCAUCAUCGGGAACGUGCAGCAACAAGGGACACGUGUUACCUUCGAUCUGGCGAACUCCAUAGUUGGUUUCUCAAACAAUAAAUGCUAGUUAUGUAUACGUAGGUAUUUUCGUAUGUAUCGCUAUUCGCUAUAUAAAAUCUACAUUAAUUAAUGGCGAAAACAAGAAAAUUAGGUAUGGUUUUUGGAUUUUGAUUUUGCUAAAUCUGAAUUGGGAACCCUUAGUGGGUAAGAAGGAAUCUUUGUAUUUGCUUAAUUGCUCUCAAGGAAUUGGAAUUAUCAAAGAUGACAUUUGAGAUUUGUGACUCA